AUCGACAUUGUUGAGUUCCCCGAAGUUCCCCACUUGCUCGCCACUGGGAUCGUCUUGGGCUCUACCUUUGCACAUCCUCCACCGAUCCUGAGGUACUCUCAUCUCGGAAGUGCCGAAGCACACCCUUCUCGCGGUCAACGUCUUUGUCAUCACCAUCGUUAGUGAGGCUUACCGAUAUCGGACUCCCCUUGACUCAGCGAUCAACAGUAUAAGACGCGACGACCACCCAUCCCCCUCCCCAUACGACCCAAGUCCAGACAUAGAGACUCUCACAAUGGCCUCCACAAAAGAACACAACAUGGAGGAGCACGAUGAGAUGGAGGAGGAGCAAUUCAUCACCGAAGACGACGUCCUCGCCGAAGUCCCCGACGAUGGGGAUCACCCGAUGGACGAGGACGACGAUGAGGUCGCCGACACUCUAGGCGACCUGGGCCAGGGCUCCUCCUCCUCCGCCGUCGAGGGCAACUUUGAGCAGGCCUUUUCCGAGCACAAGCAGUCUGUCUUCACCGUCGCCGGGCAUCCGACGCAGCCGCUCGCGGCCUCCGGGGGCGAGGACGACAUGGGCUACAUCUGGGACAUCACGGACGGCGAGGUGCUCGUAAGACUCACUGGGCACACGGAUAGUGUGACGAGUACGGCGUGGAGCCACGACGGGGAGAUGGUGGCGACGGGUGGGAUGGAUGGAAAGGUUCGGUUGUGGCGGAGAGUGGGGAAGGAGGACUGGCGGACUUGGGAAUUCUUGACGGAGUUGCAGGGGCCGGAUGAGGUUAUGUUCUUGAGGUGGCAUCCCAAGGGCAAUGUACUUCUCGCCGGUUCGAAUGAUACCACUUUAUGGCUAUGGCAAUUGCCAUCUGGAAACAUCAUGCAAGUCUUCGCUGGCCAUACUGGACCCGUCCAGUGUGGUGAAUUUACUCCUGACGGCAAAAACAUCAUCUCCGCCUGCGGCGACGGCGUCUUCCUCUACUGGAACCCGCGCGACCCCGCCCCCAUCUUCAAGCUUACCCCCGACGACGGCCGCUUUAAUCUCGAUGGCAUCACCUCCAUCGCCGUGAACCCCGCGUCCACGCUCGCCAUCGUCGGUGGCGCCGCUGGCGGGGUGCGCGUCGUCAGCCUGAGCAAGGGCGAGGUCGUCAAUGCGCUCGGUGGGCAUACGGAUGGCGAAAGCAUCGAGGCGAUCAGCUUUGUGGAUGUGGCGCCGGGGGCGAGUGUGGUGGCGACGGGGGCGACGGAUGGCAAGGUGUGCUUGUGGGAUCUGAACACGAUGCGGUUGAGAACCACGCUGCAGCAUGAGGACGCAAUUACAACCCUGCUCUCGCACAAGCACCUACUGAUCUCUGCUUCCGCGGACCGCACAUUGCGAACAUGGGAUGGCAAGACCGGCGCUCUCAUCCGUGAGAUGAAGGGUCACUACGGCCCAGUACUCGGCGCUUCGCUGGCUCUGGGCGGAGACGUCGUUCUGAGCGCGGGCGACGAGGGAUUGUGUUUGGUGUUCACCACCGAACCGACGGAGUUGCAAUAGAUAUACAAAGAUCCGGCAUACGGAGCUUUCGCGUAGAUGUACAGAUUGUAGGCAUCGUCAGUAUGUAUUUAUAUGUAGGUCAAGCGGCGCGACCUCGCAAGCGCUAGCUGAGCAGGUCGUCUAGAAAGUCUUCCAUUUGUUCUUUCUCUCCUUUCGGAGCCUUGACUUCUGUAGGCAACGCUGGUGCGUUGAUGUAGUCUUUCGCUGAGUCGCGGCGUCAGUGUUCUUGUACAUAUCAAGGGAGGCGAUGCCCACCAGAUUCCUGAUCCCGCGCCUUCGGCACAAUUGGCUUGCUCUGCAGACGAUCCGGCUUCGCCUUGAAUCGCGAUUUGAGUU